AAUAACCAAAUAGUCUGCCAAGCCAGGGUCAACCCUCCAGGCCACAGGUUGAGCAAAUGCUACAGCCAUGGACAGGGAGACACUCCUCAUGAAGGGGUGGUCCUCAUCCUUUCAGAUCAACUUCCUGCUGGAGGCUCCACCCUCACCACGUCCCUCCCUCUUCUCUCAUCUGGAGUCACCUUUUGGGAUUUUGGAGUUGAGCACCAUGGGGACUCCAAAUGAUCAGGCAGUGCUGCAGGCCAUCUUCAACCCUGACACCCCAUUUGGAGACAUUGUUGGAUUGGACCUCGGAGAGGAAGCAGAAAAGGAAGAACGAGAAGAAGAUGAAGUUUUCCCUCAAGCACAGCUGGAACAGUCCAAGGCCCUGGAGCUGCAGGGGGUGAUGGCAGCAGAGGCUGGGGACCUCAGCACAGCCCUGGAGAGGUUUGGCCAAGCCAUCUGCCUGCUGCCUGAGAGGGCUUCAGCCUACAACAACCGUGCCCAGGCCCGGCGACUCCAGGGAGACGUGGCAGGCGCCCUGGAGGAUCUGGAACGCGCGGUGGAGCUGAGCGGCGGCCGGGGCCGCGCCGCCCGCCAGAGCUUUGUGCAGCGCGGACUCCUGGCGCGGCUGCAGGGCCGAGAUGACGACGCCCGCAAGGACUUCGAGAGGGCGGCACGGCUGGGCAGCCCCUUCGCGCGGCGCCAGCUGGUGCUGCUCAACCCCUACGCCGCGCUGUGCAACCGCAUGCUGGCCGACAUGAUGGGGCAGCUGCGCCGCCCCCGCGACAGCCGCUGAGCGCCGCGGACCCGGGCGUCCGCGGGCGAGGGGACGGGACUGGGCCCUGAACCAAUAAAGCCGUCGGGCCUCACCGA